ACUCUAACAAAAGCCCACCCCCAAUCUCUUGGAUCAAGAAAGAUGAGUGAAGGGAGUAGCACCAGAAGUAGCAGCUCGCCGGAGCCACCGGAGCCCAUGGAUCUGGAGGACAGCGGCCAGCUGGACCCCGCGGCGGGGGGUCUGGAGGAAGCGGUGAGAGAUGCAGUCGGGGGACAGGCAGAGGGAGAAGACGCCGUGGAUCUUCGAGCCGUCGCUCGCCAGUUUGCAGAGUAUCUCGUUGUUGACAGCAGGCAAGACAAACAACUGUUGGACGACCGUGUAGAGAGCGUGGUGUUCCGCGUGGAGGAAUUCAAGAGCCCAACUCGAGCACGUGCAACACAACAUGGUCUGCAACGCGGAGAAAGUGGACGACAUACACAGCUACGUACAGCAGCUCAAAGACCUGUAUGCACGCGUGGAUCAAGUGGAGGCAUUUGUGAGUGUGGUGACUCAGCGUGUGAAUGCCUUGGAGGAGGCAGUUUCAAAGGCAGAAAAAGACCUGGAGCCCAGCAAGUUCAGAAAAGUCUUUUCCUCAUUUCCCAAACUAGGCAAAAGCAAAGCAUCAAAGACAGACGUUUCUGCAAACUGGACACCUCCCAAGCCGUUCAAAGCCAGCGAGUACUUUACCCCAUGCAGUCCAAAAUAGGGCCAUGAUUUUAUUUUCAAAUGUGUGUUCGCGUGUGUACAUAAAAAGUCUGAGAGAGUGUUACAACAAUUCAGUCUCAGCCAUUGCCUGUCUUCUUGAACUGUUCCACUGUGUAAUUUACACAUUCAAUCACUUCUGUGUAUAUAGAUAGAUUAAAGAAGCAUGCUAUAGACCCUCUGCCCUGUAUAUACAUAUAAAAUACCUAUUAGAUCUUCAACGUGACUUCUGCUCCACACACUCAAGACCUUCUCCGUGCUAUUCGGUGUACAUGCGAUGUGAUCCAGUGCUACCUGCUUUUCGCUCAAGUCGUAGACACAUGCAGCAUUGAGCAGCUUCAGCCACUCCGUGAUAUCAGCCAGGGAGAAAGACACCUCAGUGGAGAACAGAGCCCUCUCGUCUCCCUGUAGACCUACUAUAUCCGCCAGGAGUCGCUCGGAUUCCUUCCAAUUGCAUUUUAGGUUCUUGCUCAAAUCUGCCA